UGCAAUUUCGUCGGUGACAUUCGUUUGUGUUGACACUUGGAAGCAUGGCGUCCUUCUUCCGUCGCUCGCUGCGUCAAGCGCGCCAUGUAGGCAUGGGAAUGGCUGCUCUGACUGGUGGGAGUGCGUGGAGUAUGACGUCCUCCUGUGAGACCAUCCCAUCAUCUGCCGACCCACCGCACCCUGCGACGGCGCGCCGAAUGGAAUUCGUUGGUGUAUUCUUGGACGCCAAGUCCCAGGACGCGUUGAAAGCUCGUUUCCAAGCCCUGCAUGGCGACACAUCUGCUCAAUCGAGUCUUGUUCUCAAGUACAACCCGUCCAAAGAAGAGCUCGAUGCGUUUGCCCCCAUAAUGGGCAAAAACGUCACGGUCAAAAUCCAAGCUGUGGCACAAGACGAACACGCGCAAGCUGCGAUCGCGUCUGUCUCCACCGAGCACGGCGACGUGAACUAUGCAGUGGAGUGCCCGCACAUUACGGUGUCUGUCACCGGCGAGGACGGGUACACGCAUGGGUACUCGAACGUCCUCUUGGAGCGCCUUCAGGCUGCCGGCCACUUGAGCGUCGACGACUCUCCUGAUGGCCUCCAUGUUGGUCUGUCAACUUUCGAAGGCCCGUUGCCAUCGUUCUCGUCCAAGCUCCUUCCGCUUUACAACCCGUUUCCACCCACGAACGCGUCGUUGACCAUCUUGGCUGACGACGCGCUGGAGCUGACGGGAGUGCUGUGCACGUCGUCGACGUAUGACGCGGCCACGCACUCGUGCGGCCCGCCGCCGAAGAAGGCAGAGUGCGGCUUUUGCCUCUUCAUGAAGGCCGGUCCAUGCGGCGAACAGUUUACGACGUGGGAAGCGUGCCUGGACCAGUCCAAGAAGGAAGGGUCCGACUUUUUGACCAAAUGCGGCCCCCAGACGCUGGCGCUUCGAGACUGCGUCGACGCCAACCCAGAGUAUUACAGCGUUCUCAACGGCGACAGCAACGACGAUGACGAAGCUCCAAAUGACGUCUAACACUCCAUGAACCACGUCAUGUAUCUUACUGCUCGUCUCGGACGGCUGGCGCCGUCGUGACUGCGUGCAC